CCCAGCUUUUCUCCCCUAUUUUUCUCAUUUUAUGUGUCGUGCAGAUCAAGCUUGUUCAUUUCUGCAUUCGUAUACUUCUCUUCGACCGCUGUAAAGAUCUCUAUUUAGUAAAGCCCUGAUGUUUCUUGCAACAAAUUUUUUGACUCCAGGCCUUGCCCUCGGUUGGAAAUCUGAAGGCAAAGUCAAAUCUUCUGUUGGGAUGAUAACUCAUAUACUUCAGUGUGUCAUCCAUUUCUAAACUAGGGUUUUCAUGUUCAUUUCCACAUUCACCGCGGCCAUUGCAGGCAACGUGAAAGUUUCAUCUUUGGAUGCCAAUUCUUCUAUGCCAUCAACGAUCUCUUGUGCUGAAACAAGCAAUUCGUCAACACCGUUUGUAGUAUUAACAUUCUGAGGCAAAUAAUGGCACUAUUGUCUAAGAGCACCAUUCCAUAUUGCCACCAUGACAUGAAUAUCCAUCACAGAGGACAUAGUUAUCAUGCUAACAAUUUUACCUCUAGAAGUUGCAACGGCAUGAUUUUGGAACUUGAAGGAUUAAAAAUUCAGCAACGGAUUUCCCAUGGUGGACUGAAACGGAAUAAUUGUCUAGGUGAUAAUUAUGGGCAUAGAAACAGGGGAAAUUUAUUGGUUGUUGCGGCAAGUCCUCCGACAGAAGAUGUUGCAGUUACAACAGAGCCACUAACAAAACAAGAUCUUGUUGCCUAUCUGGCAUCGGGUUGCAAGCCUAAGGAUAAAUGGAGGAUUGGUACUGAACAUGAAAAGUUUGGUUUUGAACGGAAGACGUUGAAGCCCAUGAAUUAUGAACAAAUUUCAGAAUUACUUCAGGGUCUGGCAGAACGUUUUGGUUGGGAUAAGGUUAUGGAAGGGGAUUUUAUUAUUGGUCUCAAACAGGAUAAACAAAGUAUAUCACUAGAGCCAGGGGGGCAAUUUGAGCUCAGCGGUGCUCCAUUAGAAACAUUACAUCAAACAUGUGCCGAGGUCAACUCACAUCUAUACCAGGUUAAAGCUGUGGCAGAGGAAAUGGGUAUAGGCUUCCUAGGAAUUGGGUUUCACCCAAAAUGGGAGUUGAAGGAUAUACCAAUUAUGCCGAAGGGGAGGUAUGACAUAAUGCGGAACUACAUGCCUAAAGUAGGAACUCUAGGACUUGACAUGAUGUUCCGAACAUGCACAGUGCAGGUUAAUCUUGACUUCAGUUCAGAAAUAGACAUGAUUCGUAAAUUUCGGGCUGGCCUUGCUGUGCAACCUAUUGCAACAGCUCUCUUUGCAAAUUCACCAUUUACAGAAGGAAAACCAAAUGGCUUCCUCAGUUAUAGAAGCCAUAUUUGGACAGAUACUGAUAACAAUCGAUCUGGCAUGCUUCCCUUUGUGUUUGAUGAUUCUUUUGGGUUUGAAAGUUAUGUGGAUUAUGCUUUAGAUGUUCCUAUGUACUUUGUGUAUCGAAAAAAGAAGUACAUCGACUGUAGUGGCAUGUCAUUCAGAGAUUUCUUGGCAGGUAAGCUUCCUUCGUUACCUGGUGAACUGCCUACACUUAAUGAUUGGGAAAAUCAUCUCACUACAAUCUUUCCAGAGGUGAGGCUUAAAAGAUACUUAGAGAUGAGAGGUGCAGAUGGAGGUCCAUGGAGAAGACUGUGUGCCUUGCCAGCAUUAUGGGUAGGAUUGCUGUAUGAUGAGACGUCACUUCAGACAGUAUUGGACCUAACAAAGGACUGGACAAAAGAGGAAAGACAGAUGUUAAGAACUAAGGUUAUAAAGAUGGGUUUGAAGACUCCUUUCCGAGAUGGACUGUUUAAACAUAUAGCAGAAGAUAUUUUGCAGCUGGCAAAAGAUGGUUUGCAAAGAAGAGGCUUCAAGGAAACUGGCUUUUUGAAUGAAGUAGCUGAAGUAGUUAGAACAGGAAUAUUUUAUGGAAAUUGCAUAACCACAUUUUUUGGGAUUUUUGUGGGGAUUUUCAUGUUGGCCUUAAACAAGUAUUUUUGAAUUCUUUAUGUAAUUUUUGAAUUUGAGAUAUUAACUAACUUUACAAAUUUUAGAAAAGUAGAACACAAGCACUAGCACUUUUUGGUCAACAAGAUCCUGAUGUGGGCAAAGUGAGAGCAUACAGUAGCAGGGAUGUGAACAGUUAGCAAUUAAAUUCACUUAUUGGCAGCAAGAUACAUAUUUUUUAAUGUAUGCAAAACUAGAAGAUAUAUAUGUUGGCUCCGAUAGCAGGCCUUCGAGAGUUAUGCAUGCAAUUAUUCAAUCAAAAUUAAGAAGUGCAGAUCUUUGCAGCUAUGCCAUCCAAUGUUUGUUACAAUGUUGUUAGAGCAAUAAUGGAUGAGGGAUCUGGUGGUGAUCCUUCUAGAAUCCACUUACAGUAUCUAUGCAAAACUAUUUGGCAGCUAGGCCUUCCAGAUUUACAAAUGGAGUCCACUACAAUUCUUAAUUAUUUUUUGUGGAAAACUGCACAAAAAAUUACAAGGCAAACAAUAAUAGAAAGAAUAUUUAAUUAUUACUAA